GCGCGCAACAAUUCUAAAACUAAAACCCUCCCAAAGCCCUCCCAUCCGCGCCACCGUCGACCUCCCCGGCUCCGUUCUGGACCUCACCCGCUCUCUCUUUCUCUCUCCUCUCAUUCUCUCUCCUAAAUCUGAAACCCUAAGUUUCUUUCCAGAUUUUUUUAAGCUUCAAUUUCUGCAAAACCGACCAGCAAAGCACAAAGUAUGGCUUCUGAUGCGGCCAUGGACUCGACGGAGCUGAAGACGAAGGAGCUCUUAAAAGAGGUCCAGAUUGACUAUUCUCCUUCCUUCACCAACCUCCUUAACGACGUCGUUUUGGCCAUCAAACAAUCCAUCGAUACGAUUCCCCUAGACCUUCAGGUCACAGCAGAUUUAGCUCCACGCUUUGUCAAAGACAUUGGCGCUGACAAAGUUGAUUUCAAAUUCAAGAAGCCAAUCUCUAUUCAGUUUGGUGGCAGCUAUUCCAUUCGCUGCGUCGCAAAGCCCGACGUAAAUGUCGAUCUUUUCGUUCGCUUGCCGAAGGAAUGCUUCCAUGAAAAAGAUUAUCUGAAUCAUCGAUAUCACGCCAAAAGAUGUCUUUAUUUAAGUGUAAUAAAGAAAUAUCUGACUUCUUCUCCGCUAAUUCAUAAAGUCGAAUGGUCGACUCUGCAAAAUGAGGCGCGUAAACCCGUGUUAAUUGUUCAUCCAGCGGCAAAGCUCGUUGAAGCUCCGGGGUUUUUUGUGAGAUUAAUUCCUACCGCGACUUCUCUGUUUAGCAUUUCAAAGCUAAACCUUGAGCGUAAUAAUGUUCGCGCUAUGGUUCAUGGGGGCAUUCCACAGCCAACACCUAAAUAUAAUAGCAGUAUUCUGGAAGAUAUGGUUAUGGAGGAUACCGCGGAGUCUAUCAAAAAAGUCUUCCUUGGAUGGAAGGAACUAGGAGAAGCUUUGAUAUUGCUAAAGGUUUGGGCGCGACAAAGAGCUUCCAUAUAUGCGCAUGAUUGCUUGAAUGGAUUCUUGCUUUCUGUCAUAUUAUCCAAUCUUGCAAAUGAGAAACAAGUUAACAAUUCUAUGAAGGCAAUGCAGAUAGUUCGUGUAACAUUGAGCUCCAUUGCUACCCCAGGUUUUUGGACUCGUGGACUUUACCUCAAAACCAAAGACAAGAGUGCUACUUCAAAGGAGGAAAAGAUGCAGUCAACCUUUAAUCUAGCUUUCAGGAUGACAAGGGUUGGUUGUAUCCUGCUCCAAGAUGAGGCUACUUCAACACUUCGAUGCAUUGAGAAAUGUAGAGAUGGCGCAUUUGAAGAAAUUUUUAUGACUAAAGUCGACUUUCCUUCAAAAUAUGAUCAUUGCAUAAGAUUGAACUUCAAGGGAAACAGUGAGGUUUAUGCGUCGGGAUUUUGCUUGGAUGAUGAGUGUUGGAGACUUUAUGAACAGAAGGUUCAUAAUGUUCUAACUGAAGGAUUAAGUGAUAGAGUAAAGCUUGUUCGUGUAAUUUGGAGAAACACACCGUCAGAAUGCUUUAUAGAGAAUGGUUUAUCGGCAUUUAGUUCGGAGCCACUGCUUAUUGGGAUUUCUAUUAACUCUUUAGAGAAAGCUUUUAGGGUGGUUGACAUUGGUCCAAAUCCUGAGAACAAAGAUGAGGCUCUCAAGUUUCGAAAGUUUUGGGGGGAAAUAGCCGAGCUUAGGAGAUUUAAAGAUGGUAGAAUUGCAGAGAGUGUUGUUUGGAAAAGUGAGCAAUGGGAAAGACAUUUGAUUAUAAAAACAAUUGCUGAAUAUGUGCUUAUUCGGCAUCUUUCUCUACCAAAAGAGAAUAUCACGCAUAUCGUGGACCAACUUGACUUCUCUUUGGUACAUGGUGCUACAGAUCCUAUAUCAUACUCUUUAAGCUUGCUCGAGGCUUUUGAAGAUUUAUCAAAGCGUUUGCGUGCCAUUGAAGAUAUUCCCUUGAAGGUUUCUACUGUACAGCCUCUAGACUCAGCUUUCAGGUUUACAUCUGUUUACCCACCUGAACCUCAUCCAUUGGCUAAUGAAAAAGCAGGUCGUCUACGACUAUCUAGGUUCACUCCGUCCUGCAUUCAGCCGCUGGAAGUUAUGAUCCAGUUAGAAGGUUCUGGGAACUGGCCUAUGGAUGAGGCAGCAAUCGAGAAAACUAAAUGUGCCUUCCUUCUUAAAAUUGGACAGAGUCUUGAAAAUAAUUGGGGGAUAAUGUGUACUGCCACAGAGGAUAAUGUAGACGUUUUAAUGUCUGGAUAUGGGUUCCGUCUUAAAAUUUGGCAUGAAAGAGGGCUGCAUUUAUUGGGAAGGGAAACUGGAAAUGAUCAAGUGAAGAGGGUUUCCUCCGUAGACAAGGAGCUUUUCUUUCGCAGCCAGCAUUCUAGCAUGAUUAAUGGACUACAAAGUCGUUAUCCUGUAUAUGGGCCAGUUGCUAGGCUCGCAAAACGAUGGGUUGCUUCACAUCUCUUCUCGCCCUGCUUGGUGGAGGAGGCAAUUGAACUUUUGGUUGCCCAUCUUUUCUUGAAGCCUUCACCGUAUGAUGUUCCAUGCUCACGGAUCACUGGGUUUUUGAGGUUCCUACGACUACUAUCAGAAUACGACUGGACUUUUUCUCCACUGGUUGUUGACAUAAAUAAUGAUUUGGCUUCAAAUGGAGAGAAAGAGAUAACUGAGAAUUUUAUGUUGAGUCGAAAAGCUUACGAGGAAAAUGCACAACAUGUUGAACCUGCAAUGUUUCUAGCAACAGCUUAUGACAGGUCAUCUGAAGCUUGGACCAGAUCCUCACCUAGCUCAUCGGAGCUUAGAAGGCUGGCAGCUUAUGCUCGAAGCAGUGCAAACUUGUUGACCAAACUCAUUGUGGAGGAUCAUACUGAUUCUUAUAGAUGGGAGUGUCUUUUCCGGACUCCUUUGAAUAACUUUGACGCGUUGGUUCUUCUCCAUAGAGAAAAACUACCGUACCCCCACCGCCUUCUCUUCCCAUCCGAAUUAAGACAAGGAAUCCGUGUGGCCCGGGGAAACCCUAGCAAGCUUUUCCGUCCCUUUCUAUUACCUGGAGACUUGAAAGGGAAUUCAAAGGAACUAAGAAACAAGCUCUUGGUAGAUUUUGAUCCAUUGAAGUGCUUUGUUGGGGAUCUAGAGGAAUUCUCAAACACGUUCAAGAUAUGGUAUGAUGCACUGGGAGGUGAUGCUGUUGGCUUAACUUGGGGGACAAAUUCUUCAAAGAAACGAGGGCGAGAAGAAGCAAGCAAGGAAGUUAAAAAUCCAACUAAGCUGUUACAAGCUGUUAGCGAAGCUGGAAAAGGGUUUGUGAGGAGCGUUUAUCUUCUUAAAGCCCCAAGGCAAACAAGUUGAUGUUUUAUUUAUUUAUUUAUUUAUUCUCCCGAGACUUUUCUUUAAGGCUUGCAAAUUUAAUAUUAACAUGUUUUCGGUUCACGAUUUUGCUUGUUUAUAUGGUUGAUUUUGCUCUCUAUUAGAUUGAAACAAUAGAUCAUUGCAAUGGUAUACAUAGAACAGU